UGUGCACGAUAGGUGUCAAGCUACCAUUUGAAUGCAUGUUAGAGCUGCCCCCUGCGCCAUGCAAAUGCGUGUCACCGUUCAAUCCACGCGUCUGUGCAUCGACGUGAUGCCGGGACGCGGCCACGGACUGGUGUGUGCCACCCGCUUCCGCAACGCUUAGUGGUGCGUCUUCAGCUCUGACGCCGCUGCCUCUUCUCAUCACCGGCGGGUAAAGGAGAUGCGAUAGCGGCUGUGAAACCAAGAGCGCGAUUGGCGGGUGCGUGUUCCUCUUUUUCUCGCCUCCUCGCGCCGAUGCGAACAGCGCAGACUUCCUCGUACGCGUCCAGUGCGCCGCGCUCCGCCGCUCCGUCCGCAUCGCAAGGACUCCGACCCAGCGCAACGACUCGCCACGCAGGAGGGAUGGAGCUCCCACGGAGGAGAUGAGGAUUAGCCCCUGCCCACGGCCACGAGUGUAGAAGAACGCGCGCGACCGCAGAAGUCACAGUCAAAGUGAGAGUUUCCAGCGAAGAGGCACCAUGGGCUGCGUGGGCUCCAAAAAGGAGCAGGAGGCCCUCGGCAAAGGGACGGGCAGCGACGAGCAGCAGAGCCGCGCGCAUGCGGCCCACUACGUCAAAGACCCCACCGCAGGACACUCUGGGAACAAAGCUGGCAAAAUGCCGCCCAACGCUUCAGAUGGAGAGACUAUCGCUAUGGCGCUGUACGACUACGAGGCCAUUCACGAUGGAGACCUCGGCUUCAAGAAAGGAGAGCGACUCAAGAUCUUAGAAGAAUCGGGGGAGUGGUGGAAAGCUAAGUUAAUCAGCACAGGUCAGGAAGGCUUCAUCCCCAGUAAUUACGUCGCCAAAGACACUCUGGAGGCAGAGGAGUGGUUCUUCAAGGGCGUGAGCCGGAAAGAUGCAGAGAGGCAGCUGCUGGCCUCGGGGAAUAGAGUGGGGUCCUUCAUGAUCCGAGACAGCGAGACCACCAAGGGCAGCUACUCUCUGUCUGUCAGGGACAGCGACGCCCAGUCCGGGGAAACGGUCAAACAUUAUAAGAUCCGGACACUGGACAAUGGGGGAUUUUACAUCUCGCCGAGAAUCACCUUCAACACUCUGCAGGAGCUGGUCGCCCAUUACAAGAAGCAAGGUGAUGGCCUUUGUCAAACCCUGACCACCGCGUGCCUGAGCCCUAAACCAGAGAAGCCAUGGGAGAAAGAUGCCUGGGAAAUCCCAAGAUCAUCUCUGAAACUGGACAAGAGGCUCGGUGCCGGCCAGUUUGGAGAGGUCUGGAUGGCCACAUACAACAAGCACACAAAGGUGGCAGUGAAGACCAUGAAGCCGGGCAGCAUGUCAGUGGAAGCCUUCCUGAUGGAGGCCAACUUGAUGAAGUCGCUUCAGCACGACAAACUGGUCCGCCUCAACGCCGUGGUCACCAAAGAGGAGCCAAUUUACAUCAUCACUGAGUAUAUGGAGAAAGGGAGUUUGCUAGACUUCUUAAAAAGCGACGAGGGCAACCGUGUGCAGCUGCCCAAGCUCAUUGACUUCUCUGCGCAGAUUGCGGAGGGCAUGGCCUACAUCGAGCAGAGGAACUACAUCCACAGAGAUCUGAGAGCUGCCAAUAUUCUGGUCAAUAAGGCCUUAGUGUGCAAAAUCGCUGACUUUGGUCUGGCUCGAAUCAUCGAAGACAACGAGUACACGGCCAGGGAAGGAGCUAAAUUUCCCAUCAAGUGGACGGCCCCUGAAGCCAUCAACUACGGCUCCUUCACCAUAAAGUCGGACGUCUGGUCCUUUGGUAUCUUGUUGACUGAGAUAAUCAGCUAUGGACGCACACCAUACCCAGGGAUGACCAACCCAGAAGUGAUUCGCUCCCUGGAGAAGGGCUACCGCAUGCAGCGCUUGGACAGCUGUCCCACCGAACUUUAUGAAAUUAUGCUGGAGUGCUGGAAGAACAAGCCUGAAGACCGUCCCACAUUCGAUUACCUGCAGAGCGUCCUGGAGGAUUUCUAUACAGCCACAGAAAGCCAGUACCAGCAGCAGCCUUGAUACUUAACAAUCCUAUAUAUCAUUCCUGUCAUAUUACUCUUCCAUUCAUGCUAUAGGUCCAAUUUCUGCAUAUUUCUGAGCACACAUGGGCACAAUCCCCUUUUACCAGUCGGUCAUUUACUGUCUCUCUUACUCAUCUGCACACACAAAAUGUAUUGAAGGAAGGGACUGCACGGAAAUUACUAGAUUUGGUUGAAAUUAACUUUUUUAAGUUCUGCCAAACAUAUGUAAUAUUUCCUUUUGGCCAUUUAAGAUUUAAAUUGAAACAUUUUACAGUCAAGCCAUUAAGAGCAGAAACAUUUUAAUUUAUAAUGAAUAUUAGGAUGUUAUGAUAAUAACAUCCUACCUCACGCUUUGGUCGGGGGAACGAUACAUUAACACGGUCGUGUUCUGUUCUAAAGGCUUUGUUAACUUAUGAUUUAACAGGCGUCCAACAGAGCUGCAUCAGCUGGACUGGGUCUGUUUGUUAUGUUUAGUCGACAUUUCUGUCUAGAAGGUAAUUGUAGGUACAGUAUCAGGACAGCUUUGUAGAUGUGUGGUUGCUUGCAGAACUGGACCAAUAUGCUGGACUAGUCUCUGUGUAUCAUUAAAAAUAGUAAUCAUAAACAUGCAAGAAAAACUAGUUGCAGAUGUUUGACCUAUAAAUAUAGAAACAUUAAUAUUUAUUGUUUUGCGUUCACUCAUCCCACAAUUUUUGUAUAGUCCCUGAAUACAUACAAUGUGUUUACAUUCACAAGAUGUAGGAGCCCUUGCUAUUGUAAAACCUUGGCCGCCUCAAAACUGAACUAUUGUAUUAUUUUACAGAACGUGGUCAUAUUCACAAACAGUUGUAGGCCACCUGAAAGCAGCUGGAUAUAACCACAGCACAGAUGUUGGCGGUGGUCUUAAUAGGCGUGGUUGUAAUAAGCUGUUAAACCAGCAAAGUUUAUAAAUGUCUAGACUCUCCCAUCUUGAGAGUCAUGGAUUGGAUCAUUAAUACUCCUUAAUAGUGCCUUUUGACACUUUGACAGUAUAUUUCAUGGAUUAUGUACAUAAACAAACAUACUGGACGUAAAGAAGUGCAUGUUUAGAAAUUGGAUCUAAUAAUGCUUAUUGCUUAUUUUUUCCAGUUGAGUUGUUUAGCUGCUUGCUGAAAAUCAGUGCAUAUACUGUGUACAUUCCAAACUUUCUUUUUGUGUAAAGUACGACUGUGCUGUUACUAUUCUAUAUUUAAGUUUCUCAUAUUGUCCAAAAUAGCACAAGGUUUUGCACAGAAUCAAUGUUAACCAUAUAUGGGCUAAUGAAUUAUUCAGGUUCUCAUAAUUUAACAAUGUUACAUUAAUAGCUAUGAAACAAAUGGCUGACCAUAAUCAGACCAUAAUCAUAAACUUUCAAAGGGAAUGUUAAGUGAUUUUAUGUGUUGAUACAUUUGGGAUCAUAUAUCCCUUUCCAUAUACAGUAAAAAGUGAUAUACAAAAGGAGUGGAUGUGUGACAAUACAAGUCAAUGCCCAGCACUGUACAUAUAUUCAUUACAUUAAGAAUAUUUUUGAGAUUUUCCUGCAUAUUUUGUUAGAUGCUUGUUUCAGUAAACUGUCAUGAAACAUUUCAAAUAAACCCUUAAGAAACAAG